AUGGCUGUCCGUCAGUUACCUGCUGAGCAGCCGAGCAAAUCUCCGUUGAGUGUGGUCGAUCUAGAGAAUGAAGUUCAUAUGAAGGACGUGUUCGUUUAUUCUGAUAAUGAGAUCGGCAUCGACGAGAAGAUGACUACGAUGUCCGAAGACGCCUCUGCACCAGACGCAGAUAUUAGCACUGUUGGUCCGAUCCAAACUUGUACACCAGUUUCGAUCACCGAUGCUUCCCCGCACACGGUCUCCACCAACGCCCAACCUGAGUUCCACAAUCAGUCUAAGAGCGCCUCCCCUACUUUGGGAGGAGAUGCGGGAUCACAUGGAGCUUCCGGUACCAAUUGUCCAGUUACCAUUGAAGAGCUUUGUAUCUCCGCUCUGGGUUCCAAAGCAGCCGACGCAGAGGAGCAAACCUCGUCGAUGAUUGAGGACGCUAUGCAUUUACCGACAGUGCCAAGUACAGAGCGCCUUUCAACUUUGAAGGAUGCCAUCUACAAUCCCAUUCCAGAAUCUCCUUCUAUCAAGCACACCUCAACUUCUAUGGAGAAUGGCGCUAUCGACGCUCACAUUCCAAGGUCACCCACCCCGGAGCACAUACCGUAUUUUACGACUCUGGAGCCUGUCUCUACCGGUAUCAAUACAAGAUCACACCAUCGCUCCACACACGCGUAUAAAUCGAAGCGGCCACACCAGAAUCCAUAUAUUAAAAUGGAGUGGGUCUGUGGCUUUCUCAUGAUCGGGCGACGAAAACGUAGCAAGAAGCCGAGACAUUCGACGGUUAGCGGCACCGCGACCUCUCCGGAGAACAAUGCAGCCAAGCCUGUCGUGAAUAACCACAAGAAACGGGAGAAAGUAGGGCCUUAUCGCUCAGCGGCUGUGUGGGAGUUCAUCGGUAAGACCUUUGAUAAGGGGCGGCGAGAGAAGUCGAGGAGAAAGAGGAAAAAGGGUUCGGCUAGAAUGACUGCGCCAUUUCACGGCCUCUCCAACCUUUCAAAGGAGGUCUUCCCUGAUGAAGAGGAUAUUGAAAUGGAGCAGGGAGAGAACGAACUCGAAGACGAAUCGGGAAUGUCGAUGGAUGAGGACUGAGUACAGAGCACACAACGUUAUCGGGGCU